AUGGGGGGGUCUAAUCCACGAGAAUGGUGGAUUGACAUAGGAGCUACAAGACAUGUUUGCUCCAAUAAAGAAUUAUUUUCAACCUUCGAAGAAGUGAGAAAUGGUGAAAAGUUGUUCAUGGGGAAUUCUGCCACCUCCGACAUACCAGGUGAAGGAAAAGUGGUGUUAAGUUAUCCUAACCUGAGGAGAGUGAGAUAUUUAAUCUUUAAGAAAGGUGAGGGGAUAUUUGAAAAGCCAAAGGUUCCUCUAAUUGACAAUAACAUAAUCGAACAGACACUUGGGCAAUACAACAUGUUAUCCAUUAAGGAUCUUGUACAUGAAAUUUCCUAUGUUGGUAAACAUUUCAAGAUAAACGAUUUUCUCUGUCCAUUUGUGCUCAAUAAGCCGAAAAAGACACUUACUGGAAAGAAUCUAUACAAAGAUGGAGGAGACACUGGAAACCACGAGAUUAAAAACAAUGAUCUAAUUAGAAAAAUGAAUUAG